AUGGCCAAUUUCAGCAAGACACCCCUAGAUUCCAUGGAAGUUGGGACAGAAUGUUGUGAGAUACACAAUGACUCUGGGAUCUCAAUUAAUGAGAGUACACUUUAUAACCCAGAAGGGAUCUUCCACAACUAUCUAGAACUUUUUGUCUACAUCUUUGGCUUUGUCCUCUGCAUUAUCGGGAUUGUGGGGAACGGGAUUGUCAUCUGGCUGCUGGGCUUCUGCAUCAAGAGGAACCCGUUCACCAUCUAUAUCCUGAACUUGGCCUCUGCUGACUUUGGGCUCCUUGUUAUUAUAGCCCCCUUGUGUAUUUUGGAUCUUCUUAAGCAGACCCCUUAUCUCUUUGGUGUGAUAGUUGGCAACCUCAACCCCUUCGCAUACACUGUUGGUCAACUUCUACUGACAGUGAUCAGCAUUGACAGAUGCGUGGUCGUCCUGUUCCCAAUUUGGCAUCGAUGCCACCGGCCGACCCACUGGUCCACCAUUGUGUGUGCCUUCAUAUGGAUUCUCUGUUUCCUUCUCUAUGGAGUUCGAGUGGCUCUCAUCAUCUUGAAGUUAGAUGGAGACUAUGUUUUGUUUGGCCAGGUGCUUGUGUACGCCAUGUUUUGCCUCCCGCUCAUCACCAUCUCCACUGCGACGUUGUUGUUCAAAAUCUGCUGUAAACGUCAGCAACACCAGCGAGGAAAGCUUUUACUGGUCAUUUCACUCACUCUCCUUUUCUUCCUCAUCUUUGCUUUUCCGUUGAGUGCUAUUUUCUUGUUCAAUUAUCUUUCCAACAGAGUGCAUUCCUACCUAUACAAAUAUGGCAACUUAUGUGCCAUUCUUAACAGCACUAUCAACCCGGUGAUCUAUUUCUUGGUCGGAAGAAAGAAGAAGAGUCAGACGAGGGAGACCAUGAAGGUGAUACUGCAGAGGGUUUUCAAGCAGGAAGAAGAGUGUAAAGAAGGAUUAGAAACUGCAGUUCCAACCUAG